UUUUGUUUACACGAACACAAAAACACUCGUUUAGCAUGACACUAAUACGUGUUUCUGAACCCUGAUACGCUUCAUGCGCCAGAGGUGUGGUGGUCAGAGAUGGAACACAUCAGAAUGCCAAAGGUUGAAAAUGUCCGGUUAGUGGACAGAAGUUCCUCUCGGAAAUCUCAAGUGGGCACACUCUACCUGACAGCAACACACACUAUCUUUGUAGGUAAAGGAUCUGAGGACCGAAAUGAGCUUUGGGUCCUGCACAGUUUAGUAUGUAACAUUGUAAAACAUAAAGCAUCACAUAGUGGAUACCCUUUAUUAAUCCACUGCAAGAACUUUCAGGUCAUACAGUUUAUCAUUCUUCAAGAGAGCGACUUGCACAAUGUUUACAUUUCACUCACACGUCUCUCCAGACCAGAAAAAUAUGAAGAGCUGUAUUGUUUUUCCUUCAAUCCUGCUGUUGACAAGGCUGAACGACAACACUCAUGGGACUUUAUAGAUCUGAAGGCUGAGUACAGUCGAAUGGGACUUCCAAAUAAACUCUGGCAUGUUACUCCAAUCAACCGAGACUACAGGGUGUGUGACACUUACCCUGCUGACUUGUUUGUGCCUAAAUCCGUCACCCUCCCUGUCAUCGUAGGGAGCUCUAAGUUUCGUAGCAGAGGUCGAUUUCCCACGUUGUCAUAUUAUUGCAAAGAAAACCAUGCCACGAUAUGUCGCAGCAGUCAGCCUCUUUCUGGCUUCAGUGCUCGUUGCCUGGAGGAUGAGCAAAUGCUGCAGGCCAUCAUGAAGUCUAAUCCUGGCAGCAGAUUCAUGUACGUUGUGGACACCAGACCCAAGCUAAAUGCUAUGGCGAACCGAGCUGCAGGCAAAGGCUAUGAAAAUGAGGACAACUACUGCAACAUUAAAUUCCAGUUUAUCGGCAUUGAAAACAUCCACGUGAUGAGAAACAGUCAGCAGAAACUCAUAGAGGUUUCUGCUCUGCGUUCUCCCUCCAUGGGAGAGUUUCUCUUGGGUCUUGAAAAUUCAGACUGGUUGAAGCACAUCAGAUCAAUCAUGGAGGCUGGAAUCUUCAUAUCUAAGGCUGUGGCAGAUGAAGGUGUCAGUGUCUUGGUUCAUUGUUCUGACGGCUGGGACAGGACCUCUCAGGUGUGCUCUGUGGCCAGUGUUCUUCUGGACCCUUAUUACAGAACCAUCAAAGGACUGAUGGUGCUGAUUGAGAAAGACUGGGUUUUAUUUGGACACAAGUUUUCACACAGAUGCGGUCACCUAGACGGAGAAGCCAAAGAAGUGUCUCCUGUUCUAGACCAGUUUCUGGAAUGUGUAUGGCAGCUUAUGGACCAGUUUCCCUGCGCUUUUGAGUACAAUGAGAAGUUUCUAAUCAGCAUCCACAACCACGUUUACUCCAGCCACUACGGCAACUUCAUUUGUAACAGCCAGAAGGAGAGGAAAGAUCUGCGCAUCAGAGAGAAAACUCACUCCAUAUGGCCUUAUUUGAUGGAGAACAAGCUGGACUUCAUGAACCCUCUGUUCAAACCUGAUCAGAUCCAGAAUCAGGGACUUUUAAGGCCUAGCACUGCCCCCUACUGUUUUAAAUACUGGAGGAGGUUGUAUAAUCGAUUUGACCGAGAGUUGCACCCACGUCAGUCUGAGCUGGAUUGUCUGAUGGCAGUAAAAGACGAAACACAGCAAUUAGAAGAAGAGAUGGCUCUCUAUGAGCAGAAACUGGCUGUUCUAGAUAAGGAGCGUGCAAAAAUUCUUUAUAUGCAAAAGGGUGUGUUAGAGAGCAGGCAGGCUCUUUGGUCGGUACCUUUAGAUGUAAGUCUGGCCAAUACACCUCAGGAUUACCUUGGUGGUUUUAUAGGUGGUGCUCCCAAUGUUUUCACCUCACAGCAAGGAGAGAAAGAAAGCACAGAGUUUAGCCUGUUUGGAGACAAACCAAAAAGUUCAGAUGCUGAAAAUAGCGACCAGGAAUCAGGAGUAGCAGAUUUCAGCUGCCAUUCUUCUGGCGAAGAGUCUUUGCCAAGUGAGGACAGUGUGAAAGACUCAGACGAGACUGGACACAACAGAGCCUGAACAAAUGCAAGUCUGCAAAAAGCAAACACUAAUGUGUCUAAUGUAUGAGCAAAGUAAGGGAGUGGGUAUUUUUAAAUUAUGCAAAGAUAUUGGACCAUCUGGAUUAUGUGCCUCAUGUCAUGUGUUUGGCACUACAGAAGCAUGUCUGUCUGUCUGAAUGUGUAUUACGGGUGUUCCAUAUAAAGAGGGAUGUUUUAUUCUAAUAUAUAUUUAUAAUUUCUCAUUAGCAUGGAAUAUUUCAAACAUUAAACACUUGUGUGCAAUAAAUGUCCUCAAUUUUUAUUUCUUUUUUUGCACUUUAUGCACUUGAAAAUAUCCAAAACACGUAAAAAAAAGAUUUUUUUGUGUGAAAUUGUGAUAUUUCAAUCUUCAAAUCUGCUUUAAGUAACUUAUUUACAGUGGUUUGUUUUUAGCAGAUCUAAAACUAAGAGCUUGGCACAUAUAGUCAAAAACAAACUCAAAGAGCCAAAAGAAAAUGACCCAAUGAUUACAAUUGUGAUUAAUAUUAUUGAUAUUUAAUAAAUCAUGCUUUUUGUGGUUAAUGGAAUUUAUGUUAUAAUGUACUCAUUUUGAAGGAAUAUUGGAGACAAUUCACAGAUUAUAGUGAAUAAUGCUUUAACUUAUUUACAUGUUUCUCCCAGCUGUGUGAUGUUGAUGUCCAUACAAAUAAAGGCAAAAUUAAAAGAAACA